AUGGACGGCGAGAACCAACAAGAAACUAGCGGGGAUAAGAAAUGGAUAUACAUAAAAAUACCUAAUAGCAAAAAAAGGGAAAACUGCAACUCAACAUCUACUCGCUAUGGACUAUGGAAUCACAGGCAUGAUCUCGCAAAACAUACGAAUUACAGCACAACACAAAAAUUAACAUAUUUUACUUGCUUUGUAUCAGUAAGUUCUCUUCUUGUCCAUUCCCUUUUUAUUUCUCAUCUCGGUUAUUCCUUCUCCAUGGCACAAUCUCAAAGACAUUAUCUAUGCACAAAUUGUGCAAUCCAAGCUCGUUUGGCGUACAUGUUCACAUUAUAUCCACAAUCAAAUGCUGAAGAGUCAUCAACAAAAUGGAAUUCAAUAGUCCAUGGCUCACUCAAUAGGAGAAAGAAAGAAAACGAAACGAAGACGAGCGAAAGAAAAGAAGGAGAAACAUUGGCUGGUGCAUUCAAUGUUGUUGAGCAUUUGAUAUGUGAAACAUUCAAUGUUUCAUUUCCCCUGAAAACAUUCCCCCACCUCAAUGUUCUCUGUUUUAUUGAAAAAAAUAUGCUAAACUGCAUCAUGAUAGAAAAUCACACAAAACACAAACAUUCAAUGUUUAUCAGCUCGUCUCAAACGUUGAACAUCAAAGAAUUACAUUCUACAUGUACGCUCACCAAGGCGCAGCAAGUGCUCGCGACGAUUGUUUCAUCUUCAAUUCUAUUUUAUCCGAAAACAACACUCGAGAAGGCUAUAUAA